AUGAUCUUGCCGCUCCCGCUGCCGCUCCCGCUGCCGCUCCCGCUGCCGCUACCGCUGCCGCUCCCGCUGCCGCUCCCGCUGCCGCUCCCCGCUGCCGCUCCCGCUGCCGCUCCCGCUGCCGCUCCCGCUGCCGCUCCCGCUGCCGCUCCCGCUGCCGCUCCCGCUGCCGCUCCCGCUGCCGCUCCCGCUGCCGCUCCCGCUGCCGCUCCCGCUGCCGCUCCCGCUGCCGCUCCCGCUGCCGCUCCCGCUGCCGCUCCCGCUGCCGCCCACGCUGCCGCUCCCGCUCCCGCUGCCGCUCCCGCUCCCGCUGCCGCUCCCGCUGCCGCUCCCGCUGCCGCUCCCGCUGCCGCUCCCGCUGCCGCUCCCGCUCCCGCUCCCGCUGCCGCUCCCGCUCCCGCUGCCGCUCCCGCUCCCGCUCCCGCUCCCGCUCCCGCUCCCGCUCCCGCUCCCGCUCCGCUCCCGCUCCCGCUCCCGCUCCCGCUCCCGCUCCCGCUCCCGCUCCCGCUCCCGCUCCCGCUCCCGCUCCCGCUGCCGCUCCCACUCCCGCUGCCGCUCCCGCUCCCGCUCCCGCUGCCGCUCCCGCUGCCGCUCCGCUGCCCGCAAAAUUCGAGGCCGAGGCCUAAGGGCGAAUACAUUUUGAUACACGCGCAACGCGGGCGGUCACCGCUCCCGCUGCCGCUCCCGGUGCCGCUCCCGCCCGCUGCCGCUCCCGCUGCCGCUCCCGCUGCCGCUCCCGCUGCCGCUCCCGCUCCCGCUCCCGCUCCCGCUGCCGCUCCCGCUCCCGCUCCCGCUCCCGCUGCCGCUCCCGCUGCCGCCCACGCUGCCGCUCCCGCUCCCGCUGCCGCUCCCGCUCCCGCUGCCGCUCCCGCUCCCGCUCCCGCUGCCGCUCCCGCUCCCGCUCCCGCUGCCGCUCCCGCUCCCGCUCCCGCUCCCGCUCCCGCUCCCGCUGCCGCUCCCGCUCCCGCUCCCGCUGCCGCUCCCGCUCCCGCUGCCGCUCCCGCUGCCGCUCCGCUGCCCGCAAAAUUCGAGGCCGAGGCCUAA